UGGAGACACAAAACAGGGGCUUUGUUAGAUUAGGUGUGCAUUGGUCCAAGUCGUUUUUCUUUUCUUCAUGAUGUUUGUGUUCUCUGAUUCGAUCGUAGUUCAUUCAGCUCAAUGCCGUCUAUGAUGAAACACACCCUGCGAACUGUUGAAUAAACUAUUACAUUGGAGAGGGGAAAACUCGAGUCGAUUAUGUUCAUUUGCACUCGUUCCAACUAGUCCUUCAAAUUCAUUUUACUCGCACUUGUUAGACCUCAAGAUGAUGUGGGUUCACGCAGUCCUGAGGGGCCUUCUCCUAGCUGGGUUUAUAAUGCAGAGUCAAGGGAAAGUAAAGGUUGCAUUUAGAUUGAUAGACUAUUCCAACCCAUCUCACCACGAACUUGACGGUGGAUGCUGCGACCAAGUAUUUUUCAGUUGUGGCUCUGCUUGUGACAACAGAUUCAAUCUCUGUUUUGAUGAAUAUGGAGGAAAUAACAACAUGGCCCAGUGUGAUUAUGGAAACUAUGUAACUCGGCGCCUGUAUGAAAACAAUGACGAUUUCAACUUUCCAAGUUCCCUAAAUGACAAUUUGGUCAACCCAAUCAUAUUGACUAUCAAUCAAUGGUCGACCGGAUUCAGAUCCAAAGUUGAAGUUUGGGACUAUGACCCAUCGAACAGUGACGACAAGAUCGAUUAUUACGGAUAUAAUUACAACUAUGUUCCGGCUAGAACAUCAGCUCUGGCAACAGAACACAUUGUGACCCUGAAUGGAGCCGGGACGUCACUAACGAGAGUUGGUGUGAAGGUUUAUUGUGAUGUGCACUACUACGGAACAUCGUCAGGCUGUAACACAUAUUGUUUAGCAAGAGACAACAAUCAGGGCCAUUAUGAUUGCAACGAUAUUACAGGAGCUAGAAUGUGUCACGCCGGAUGGACUGGAUCAUACUGCCAAAUUGAAAUCAAUGAAUGUCAGUCGAAUCCGUGUGAAUCGAACGCAGUCUGCACAGAUCUUUUGGAUGAUUAUUCAUGCAACUGCCCACCUGGUACGAUAGGUAAGAACUGCGUUGACAUCAACGAAUGUUCUUCUAGCCCCUGUGAACAUGGUGGUACAUGCCUGGACAGACUCAACUACUACGAGUGUCAGUGUACCAGGGAGUAUAGCGGUGCUAACUGCGAAUUGGACAUUGACUUCUGCCAAUCUUACCCCUGUGACAAUGGUGGAACUUGUCUGGGCGAAAAUGACAGUGGACUUCUUGAGUGCGCCUGCGCUGCUGGUUAUACGGGUGUCUUCUGUGCCCAAGAUAUAGACGACUGUAUCGGAGUAGACUGUUUGAAUAAUGGCACCUGUCAAGAUGGCGUUGAUCAAUUUACAUGCAAUUGCACAGAUGGGUAUGGAGGAACAUUUUGUGAAUUGGAUGUUCGAGACGAGUGUGUAUCUGACCCAUGCCAAAACAACGCAUCGUGCGUCGAUAAGGUUGGCGGAUAUAUUUGUGUAUGUCAAGCUGGUUUUCAGAGUGACCACUGCGAUGAAGACAUCAAUGAAUGUGAUCCGAAUCCUUGUUCUUAUGGUAACUGUACCGAUCGCGUGGGAAGAUACACCUGCGAAUGUCUUCCUGGCUAUUCCGGAGAGAAUUGUACAAUCAACAUAGACGACUGCAUUGGUAACAUGUGCGAUAAUAAUUCAACGUGUCAAGACCAUGUGAAUAAUUACACAUGUAUUUGCAUGGCAGGGUAUACAGGCAUUUACUGUGAAGCCGAGAUUGAUGAAUGUGCGAGCUUACCAUGUCAAAAUAAUGGAAUAUGCCAGGACAGUGUCAACAGUUUCACAUGCCAAUGCGCGUCGACGGGAUAUCGAGGUCAAUAUUGCGAAAUCGACAUUGAUGAAUGCCAGGAUAGUAGUACAUGCCCAUCCGACACGAUUUGUGUUAAUGUAAACGGAAGUUAUGAUUGUAACAACAUACCUAUGGAACCUACUUCUAUCCCGGGACUGUGUCGGACCAGACUUUGCUAUAAUGAUGGAAUAUGUUCACUCGUCAAUGGAAGCUACCAGUGUGUAUGCUCAGAUGACUUUACUGGCGAACUCUGUGAGACUCCCACAGAACUCUGUGCCAAUAAUACAUGCAAUUAUGGAACAUGCCAAGUCUUUACAGCGGGAAACGGCUCGGUGUAUUACAAUUGCAUCUGCCAGGAGGGGUAUAGCGGAACGCAUUGCCAAAGUGCAGCAAGAACGGGAAAUAAGGGAGGAGGUGGUUUUACGAACUGGUAUUUCGUACUGAUUGCAAUUAUUUUCGUCCUAAUCAUCUUGAGUGCUGGCAUAUGUUUCUACAAAGUCCGUAGGGAUAAAAGAGAAAAGUUUGGGGACGAUGUACCAACAGUAUUCGCUAAUCCUCAUACGGACAGCAUCAACAUACCUUCGACACUCGGUGCCACGGCAGCUCCACCACUUCCACCAAAGAGUAAAUUAGAUGAUCCAAACACGUCAGUGUCCUUCACAAACAAUCUUUACACUGACAUCGAUGGGGCGCAGGCUCGGGGUGCUUGUGCAUUGUCAUCCAAGCCUAAAGACACAGUGGAUGACUUCGAGAAGGAGAACCCCUACGCAACAGGAGGAUAUCUUCAUACGAAUGGCCAAGUAGGACAACAUGAGAACCCGUAUGAAUUUGCAAGGGAUCCUGACGUAACCGAUCCUCGUCCGGUGAAAGAAAACGACUACUCGUCAGAUCCAACGAGCGUUCAAAGUAUUCCGAAACCGUUGAAUUUAGAUGGCUCUUACUCAACAACAAUAUUUCCUGACAAUGAACCAUCGCGCCCAGUGUCAACCAGCAUACCGCCACCACUUCCACUAAGAGAUUCAAUGAGAGUUACCCCGCCAGAGUACGAUGUACCAAAUCUUCAAGGAGUUAAUUCGACGAAGAUCGUUCCUUCAGGAUAUGAUGUACCUCGCACGAUGUCAUCAGCAGUGAGCCCAAGUCCCACAGAUAUUGAUCCCUCGUAUUCCUUUAACAUCUACACCAGUGAUGAAGACCCAUUGACUCUGAACGAAACGCCUAAUCCAUUAUCCCAAACUGGAGAAGCAAACCCCAACGAAGUAAACGAACAACCUCCCACUCCAACCAGUGGACCCACCACGCCAACAAGUCCAAAUGAUCCGUACGCUACUACAAUUUUACAUGAAGAAAACUCUCAAUCAAUUGCAUAAUAAAGAACUUAGGUAUUGUAAAGGAUGUGAUUUUAUUGUAAAAAAAAGAGUAAAUGAAACCACCACAUUUUGACACUGUCAUGUAGCACAAUCAAAUUAUUUUUCUGACUCUUCAAGAAAUAUUUGUAAAGCUUAACAUGAUGUGUAUAGGUGAUAAUGUUUAUAGAACGCACGUUUUUCAGAGCUCUUGGAAGAAGUCAAUAUUCACCUAAUGCGAUGUGAGUAAUCGUGAGAUUGCCCUAACAUAGGAGUUCAAUUAUAUAACAGUAAUCUGUUUUGGUGAGUGACGUUAUACGGCAUUAUCAUCGUCUUAUGCAUGAACCAGUACUUAAUCGUGCUUUCUUUUCGUCUGUCAUUGAUGUACUUUGUAAAUAACUACAAGAUACAGUACACGUUGUAAUAAAGUAUAAGUUAUAUUAAUAUAUAUAUAUUGCAUGGACAAGUCUUCCAAAUCAAAUACAUGUUUACUUUUCCGCUUUCCGAUUUCAUCAGUGAUCUUUAUAAUAAUUGGUCUUAUAUUCGGUUAAGGCGAUUAAACUAUACUGUCUAAGCGCAUACAGAUUAUUUUAUCACUGGUUACCAUGUUACUUUUUGUUUGUGAAUUGUUAAAAAAACGUAGAUAUCGAUAUCGUAAAGACGAGCUAUGUUCAGUACUAUGGAUGUAUAUAUUUUUAUAUCAUAAUAAGCAUGACUUUAUUAGCAUUUUCAACAAUUUUAUAUAUAUAUAUCUUAAAGUUUCACGUAUUGGCUU